AUGGCGCCGCGAAUGACGUGGGUUUCCCGCUUGAUGCGGCCGAACCCCAUCGUGUCUCAUGGCCAUCGACGCCUUCCUGCGACCUUCCUACAGCCUCCUCCUCGUCGUUUCAUUCAUCCGGGCGAAUUCCAACCAUUUGUCCCCCCUUCUCCGAGUUCGUUAGGCAAACCGACACCCGCAAAGACCUACACCCGCACUCGCAAAUGGCUCCGCCGUCUCGCCUACCUCUCCGUAGCCACCGGAGUGAUCUACGCCAUCGACAACCAAUUCUACGCAUCCUCACUGACGCGGACGGCUCGGACCUUCUCACUCGGUCUUCUCGUCGCAUUAGACUACAAAAUCAAUUUCCGUCCGAACCCACCGUUGGCUGAAUCCAUCACAGCCCUGCACGCCCGCAAUGCGGAACGACUGUUUGAUUUGCUCCGGCAUAAUGGCGGUCUGUAUCUGAAAAUCGGGCAGGCGAUUGCGAUGCAGUCUGCCAUUCUUCCCCCGGAGUUUCAGAAGAUGUUUGCCCGGAUGUUUGACGAUGCGCCCCAGAAUGACUGGAAGGACGUGGAGAAGGUGAUCCGGGAGGACUUUGGGAAGUCGGCUGAGGAGGUCUUUGGAGUGUCUUUCACAGGGGACCCGACCAAGGGCGUGUUGGAGCGCAAGGCUAGGGCGAGUGCGAGUGUCGCGCAGGUCCAUUGGGCGCGAUUAGCAGAUGGGCGAGAGGUCGCUAUUAAGAUUCAGAAAAGGGAGAUUGCUCAGCAGAUCCAAUGGGAUCUGUGGGCUUUCAAGGUGGUCACUUGGAUCUAUUCCCGCACAUUCGAUAUCCCAUUCUACAGCCUGGUACCAUACAUAAGCGAGCGAUUGUUCCUGGAGACGGACUUUGAGAAUGAAGCGACUAAUUCUGAAACCAUGGCCAAGCUCGUGGCCGGCGAGUCCCGUCUACGAGGCCGCGUCUACAUUCCCAAAGUCUACCGUGAGCUUAGCUCGAAGCGUGUCAUGACCGCUGAGUGGAUCGAAGGAAUCCGUUUGUGGGACAAAGAGUCCAUUACACGUCCGUGGCUCGGUGGUUGGCGCGAAGGCAGCCCGGGAUGCCAGGGGACGCCGUUAGAUGCUUCUCAGGCCGAAGAUCCGGUGGCCAAGGCCGCGGGGAACCCCAAUCUGAUCAAGCUCAAGCCGGAGCGCGACCACUGGCGCGGCUGGAACGGCAAAGGCGGGCUAGGUCUGUCGCUCAAGGACGUGAUGACGACCAUGGUCGACCUCUUCUCCGCACAGAUGUUCCUCUGGGGCUGGGUGCACUGUGAUCCGCAUCCAGGCAACAUCUUCAUCCGGCGCAAGCCCUCCGGCCAGCCGGAGCUGGUUCUCAUCGACCACGGCCUCUACAUCCACAUGGAUCCAAAAUUCCGCCACCAGUACGCGCGCUUCUGGAAGGCGCUUCUGGCCUUCGACAACCGCACCCUCAGCGAGAUCGCCGAGGGCUGGGGCAUCAAGAACUCGGACAUGUUCGCCUCCUUCACGAUGAUGCGCCCCUACCGCGGCGGCGACCUCUCCACCCGCCAGCACCUGGAGGGGCUGAGCAAGAAAGAGCGCGCCCAGCGACACUACGAGAUGCAACAGGCGGCCCGCAAGGCCAUCCGCGAGAUCCUCGCGGACGAGCACAAAUGGCCCCAGGAACUCAUCUUCAUCGGCCGCAACCUGCGCAUCGUCCAGGGGAACAACCAGUUCCUCGGAUCGCCUGUCAACCGCGUCAAGAUCACGGGGACCUGGGCGUCCCGCGCGCUCGUCGAGUCGCCCGAUCUUCCCUGGACCGAGAAGAUCCAGAACCUCGGUCGGCAUCUCCUGUUCCGCAUGGUGCUGUUCACCAGCGACCUCUUCUUCUACUUCACCAAGGUGCGGCAGUUGCUGCAUCUGGGCGGGGGCAUGGAGGAUGAUAUCGAGAAGCAGAUGAAGGAUAUGGCCAAGGAUAUGGGGGUGGAUUUGAACCAGAGCGUUUUCGAGGGGUAG